UAUUUACAAUUGUUUUUAUUUAUUUUUUUGUUUAGAAAAAAAUCCCACAUCCCAUGUGGUUGCAAUGUAGAGGACUAGCAUCCAGUACGCACAGCAAAUCAUAUAAAGUCGCCGUCAGGAACACUGCCGAUGCUCUCCUCCUUCAACCUUGAAAUCAGACCAUGAUGUGAUUCCUCGUCCUUAUCCUCACCUUAACUCAACUUUGACUUUCUCCACGCGCGUCCCCCUCUACUCCACGCGCCACCACAUCUCUCUUAUUCUAAACUUUUGUCUUCUUUCUCUCCCCCUUUCCCUCUUUUUUAGCUCCCUUUUCCCACUUUCUCUUUCUUUAUUUUCCUGAAUUCCAAACACAAUUUUCUCUCUCUUAGGAUUUUGGAUCUAAAGAGGGGGAGGAGAAUAAGAGGAGGUUGGGAGUUGGGGGGCUACAGGCCUUUAUGAGUUCAGAGCUUCUGAUGAGAAGAAGAUGGGCGGAGUCACAUCGUCAAUCGCCGCCAAAUUUGCUUUCUUCCCGCCGAACCCGCCCUCCUACACGGUGAUCGCCGAAGACUCCGCCGGUGGCAAGCUUUACAUUCCCGAAGUUCCCCGGAGGGAUGACGUGGACGUCGUCAAACUCAAGACUCGUCGCGGGAAUGAAAUCGUGGCCGUCCAUGUCAAGCACCCGAGGGCUUCGUCUACUUUGCUCUAUUCCCAUGGAAAUGCGGCUGACCUGGGCCAGAUGUUUGAGCUCUUCGUCGAAUUGAGUGCUCGGCUUCGCGUUAACCUUAUGGGGUAUGACUACUCUGGCUAUGGACAAUCAACUGGAAAGCCAACGGAAUAUAACACCUAUGCAGACAUUGAUGCAGCUUAUAAAUGCCUCAAGGAAAAGUACGGAGUUAAAGAUGAACAGUUGAUCUUAUAUGGUCAGUCUGUUGGUAGUGGUCCCACAGUUGAUCUGGCAUCACGAAUACCAACCUUGAGAGGUGUGGUUUUACAUAGCCCAAUUUUGUCAGGGCUGAGGGUGUUGUACCCUGUCAAGCGGACCUACUGGUUUGAUAUUUACAAGAAUAUUGACAAAAUUGGUAUGGUGAACUGCCCUGUUCUGGUCAUACAUGGGACGGCAGAUGAAGUUGUGGAUUUAUCCCACGGGAAGCACCUUUGGGAGCUAUGCAAUGAAAAAUACGAACCACUGUGGAUUAGUGGAGGUGGACACUGCAAUCUUGAACUUUACCCAGAAUUCAUAAAACAUCUAAAGAAAUUUGUACAGACGCUUGGCAAAUCAAGACCGAGUGCAAGUAGUUCAAAGAAAAAUGGUGUAGAAUCUGAGAGUCAGAUUAAACCAUCUGAAGCUGGAAGUUCAGACACAUUUGAGUUGGCUACAGAUCUUCCAGAAAUUUCUAGAAACAGUUUAGAUAGUCGACUUGAGAAGUCUAAAAUGCCAAACAAGCCUGAAAAAUCUAGGAUGAGCACUGACCGUGUUGACAGGUUUAGGAGAAGAAAGGGUUUAGUGUGGUGAUUUGUUAUGACAGAGCAUUUACAAUAAUUCAUGCGCUUGUUGAAACAGGUAAUUUACUUUUCACCUCGUUAUUUAAUUGUGUAUCAAUUCUAAAGCGAAUAGAUAUCAUCUCGAAUGAGUUGCUUAACAUAAGUUUGUCUUUUAUGUAUAUUAUAAAACUGAGUGAAAUCUCUCACGCCUGUAUUUCAUGUGUAAAAUGAGCUUAAUUUGGACACGAAAGACGGUGGUUUCAUUUCA